AUGCCCAGGAACCCUCCUCCUGGCAGGCAGUCGUUCAGAGGCCGUCCUCUCUCCCCCCAGCCCUCCAUGAAGCAGCAGGGUGGUCCUCUCUCUCCACAGCCCUCUGUUAGACGCCCCUCCUCCCCACAACACAAGCAACCCUCUUCCCCCCUGCCGCCCCGUGCCCCCUCUCCCAUCCACCACUUCUCCCCAGCCUCCUUCAGACCUCCCCCCCACCACCCCAGUCUCCCCCAUCACUCCCAGGUCGUGACCCAGUACAACCACACUAUGGAGCCAGGGGCCUCUCCCUUACUGACCAACGCUCACCUUAGAGGAGUAAACUACACCUCCCCUCAGCAGCGGCCCCCCUCCCCCCAUCCCUCCCUCCGUUACGAUCCUCGUUCCUCCCCCCUCCAGAACUCUUACCUGCGUAACACGUCCUAUAGUUCACCUGUACAGAGAGGUCCCUCCCCCUCGCCUGGUGGCCAGCUGAUGAUGUCAUAUGAUGGACAGGUUAGCCAGGGUUCUUCCCCCCAGCUGUCUAACGCCUUACAGCAGAACACUAAGCUGUCUAACGCCUCCUACUCCUACCCCCUGGCCUCCUCUCCUCUCCAGAGGAAUGCCUCCCUCUACACCCCCGUCCUCUCCCCCUAUCAGACCCAGUCCUCCUCACCUCGUCUCUCCAGCACCGUGCUCAGCCCUCGGCUCCGCAACGCUUCCUACGCCUCCCCCGCUCUUCACAGACCUCAUCCACCCUCCUCCCCCACGCUGUCCACCACUCUUAGCACCUCCCACCACCUACAGGGGUCAGCGUUCCGCCUACCCGAUGGUUCCGUGAUGAUGUCGGGGGGUUCCGAGGGGAACAAGAGCAGUGGAGGUUCUCCCGGUUCUGUCUCUCUGAUGUCUAAUGCUCUGCAGAACACUAGCAUGAGACAAGCUACCUACCGUCUACCAGACGGUUCUCUGGUCACCAGGACUGAACCCAAUCCUCAACCAUCCUCCUUCUCUCCAAACCUCUCCUCCGCUCUCCUCAACCCCAACAUGCAACAGGCUAUGUAUAAAUUACCAGAUGGGACGCUAGUAACCCAGAACGAGCCUCAACCGAUUCCCUCUCCCUCCUUCUCUCCGAAUCUCUCCUCAGCUCUUCUCAACCCAAACCUCCGCCUGGCUACGUACAGAUUACCGGAUGGAACUCUAGUAACCAGGACGGAACAAACUCUUCAGCCAUCCUCUCCUAACCUCUCCUCUGCCCUCCUCAACCAGAAUCUUACCAAGGCUACGUACAGAUUACCAGAUGGAACUCUAGUAACCAGGAACGAGCCUCCACAACCUUCUCCUAACCUCUCCUCUGCCCUCCUCAACCAGAAUCUUACCAAGGCUACGUACAGAUUACCAGAUGGAACUCUAGUAACCAGGAACGAGCCUCCACAACCUUCUCCUAACCUCUCCUCUGCUCUCCUCAACCAGAAUCUUACCAAGGCUACAUACCGUCUACCAGAUGGAACUCUAGUAACCAGGAACGAGCCUCCACAACCUUCUCCUAACCUCUCCUCUGCUCUCCUCAACCAGAAUCUUACCAAGGCUACGUACAGAUUACCAGAUGGAACUCUAGUAACCAGGAACGAACCUCCACAACCUUCUUCUCCUAACCUCUCCUCUGCCCUCCUCAACCAGAAUCUUACCAAGGCUACAUACAGAUUACCAGAUGGAACUCUAGUAACCAGGAACGAGCCUCCACAACCUUCUUCUCCUAACCUCUCCUCUGCCCUCCUCAACCAGAAUCUUACCAAGGCUACGUACAGAUUACCAGAUGGAACUCUAGUAACCAGGAACGAGCCUCCACAACCUUCUCCUAACCUCUCCUCUGCUCUCCUCAACCAGAAUCUUACCAAGGCUACGUACAGAUUACCAGAUGGAACUCUAGUAACCAGGAAUGAGCCUCCACAACCUUCUUCUCCUAACCUCUCCUCUGCCCUCCUCAACCAGAAUCUUACCAAGGCUACGUACAGAUUACCAGAUGGAACUCUAGUAACCAGGAACGAGCCUCCACAACCUUCUUCUCCUAACCUCUCCUCUGCUCUCCUCAACCCUAACAACCAGAACCUGCGUUCCGCCACUUACAGACUACCUGAUGGGACCUUAGUGACCCGGGCCCAGCCAAGCACUCCCCAGCUCUCCAACGCUCUACAGAACCAGAACCUGCGUUCAGCCACGUACAGACUUCCUGACGGGAGCCUGAUGACGAGACCUGUUCCCGCCACCCCCCAGCUUGGCAAUGCCCUACAGAACCAGAACCUCCGUGGGGCCUCCUACCGCCUGCCCUCCUCGCUGGAGGAGCCUGGAGGGGGGCGAUACGCCGUGGUCAUGCCCCAGGUCCAGGGCUCUGGGCCGGGGCAAGGGGCAGGGCAUCACUGGGCUCAGGGCCCAGGGCCUGGGACGGGGACACAGCCUAGGGGUCCAGGGGAGCAGGUGGAUGUGUGGGGGUCAGAGACAGUGCUGCCCCACCCCACCGUCCAGAACCUCACCAAGUGGUCCAUGUACCGGGAUGAGGAGCUGCUGGAUCCCCCGGGGCCCCCCCACCAUGGACAGAGAGAGAUGGACCUGGAGCCGGACUGGGCUCCUAACAGGGAAGGGGAACCCACUGGGCCCUGGUACGAUAAGAUGUACUCCAUCCGCAGCCUGCCCAGCAUGGUGUACCGGGAGCAGCCAGAGGAAGACGGAGUAGAGGACAUGACGCAGCUGGAGGAGCUGUCUGAGGGAUCUGUGCUGCUCAACCUGAAGAAGAGGUUUGAGAGAGAGAUCAUCUAUACAUAUAUAGGUAGUAUCCUGGUCUCGGUGAACCCCUAUAGGAUGUUCAACAUGUACGGAACUGACAUGGUGCUGAAGCACAAGGGAACCGCUCUGGGAGAGAACCCUCCACACCUGUUUGCCAUAGCAAACGUCUCCUACACCAAAAUGAUGGAUGCCAAACAGAACCAGGUUAUUAUAAUCAGUGGGGAGAGUGGAUCAGGGAAGACUGAGGCCACUAAACUGCUGCUGCGUUACCUAGCAGCAAUACACCACAAACACAACAUUACACAACAGAUUAAGAUUCUUGAGGCAGCUCCUCUUCUAGAAUCCUUUGGAAAUGCCAAAACAGUUCGCAACGACAACUCCAGUCGCUUCGGGAAAUACGUGGAGAUCUAUCUGGAGGAGGGUGUGAUCAGCGGUGCCAUAACCUCUCAGUAUCUGAUGGAAAAGUCCCGUAUAGUCUUCCAGGCCAGAGAUGAGAGGAACUAUCAUAUCUUCUAUGAGAUGCUGUCAGGUCUCCCCCCCCAGCAGAGGCAGGCCUUCUACCUGCAGGAGGCUGAGACCUACUAUUACCUGAACCAGGGAGGGGAUUGUGGGAUAGCAGGAAAGAGUGACAGGGAGGACUUCCUCCGUCUGCUGGCUGCUAUGGAGAUCCUUCACUUCACCCCUGACGACCAGGCGUCCAUCUUUAGAGUCCUGUCUUCUAUUCUACACCUGGGGAACGUCUACUUCCAAAGAUAUGAGGUAUGA